AUGAAAAUAUCUCUUCAUUUUUCUCAAUCGACCCCUCUCCACGUCCUAUUCUCUUUUCUUUUUCUCCUCUCCUCUCCUCUUUUUCACCUCAUCUCACCUCUCCUCUCCUCUCCUCUUUUUCUUCUCUCCUCUUUUUCUUCUUUCCUCUCCUCUCCUCUUUCCUCUCCUCUCUUCUUUUUCUUUCCUCUCCUCUUUUUUUUUCUCCUCUCCUCUUUCAUUCCUCUCCUCUCUUUCUUUCCUCUCCUCUCUCCUCUUUCUUUUCUCUUCUCUUCUCCUCUCCUCUCCUCUUUUUUCUCUUCUCCUCUCUUCUCUUUUCUCUUCUCCUCUCCUCUUCUCUUUUCUCUUCUCUUCUCCUCUCUCUUCUCUUUUUUCUCUUCCUCUCCUUCUCUUUCUCUUCUCCUCUCCUCUUCUCUUUUUCUCUUCUCCUCUUCUCUUUUUUCUCUUCUCCUCUUCUCUUUUUCUCUUCUCCUCUCCUCUUUUUCUCUUUCUCUCUCUUUUUCUCUCCUCUCUCCUCUUUUUUUCCUCUCUCUUCUCCUCUCCUCUUCUCUUUUUCUCUUCUCCUCUCUUUUCUUCUCUCCUCUCUCCUCUUUCCUCUCCUCUCCCUCUCUUCUCUUUCCUCUCUCCUCUUUCUCUCCUCUCCUCUUUCCUCUCCUCUUUUUUCUUUCCUCUCCUUCUCUUUUCUUUCACUUUCUCUUCUCUUCUCCUCUCCUCUUUUUUUUCUCUUCUCUCAAUUCUCCUCUCCUUCUCUCUUUCCUUUCCUUCUCCUCUCUCCUCUCCCUUUCUCUCUUCUUCUCUUUUUUCUCUUCUCCUCUCCUCUUCUCUUUUUUUCUCUUCUCCUCUCCUCUUCUCUUUUUUCUCUUCUCCUCUCUCUUCUCUUUUUUCUCUUCUCCUCUCCUCUUCUCUUUUUCUCUUCUCUCUUUUUCUCUUCUCCUCUUUGACUCCUCUCCUCUUUUCUCUUUUCCUCUUCCUUUUUUCCUCUUUUCCUCUCUCUUUCCCCUUCUCCCUCCUCUCCUCUUCUUUUUUUUUUUUCUCUCUCCUCUUUCUCCUCUCUUCUAUGUUCUCCUCUUCUCUUUUUCUCUCUUUUCUUUCCCUCUAUUCUUCUCUCUCCUCUCCUCUUUUUCUUCUCCUCUUCUCUUUUUCUCUUCUCAUUUUCUCUUUCUUUUUCUCCUCUCCUCUCCUUUUUCUUUUUUUCUACUUCUCUCCUCUUCCUCUUUUCUCUUUUCCUCUUCUCUUUUCUCUUCUCUUCUCUUUUUUUUCUCCUCUUCUCUUUUUCUCUUUUUCUCUUCUCUUCUCCUCUUCUCUUUUUUCUCUUCUCCUCUCCUUUUUUUCUCUCCUCUUCAUCUUUCUCUUUCUUUUUUUUUCUCUUCUCCUCUUCUCUUUUUUCUCCUCUUCUUUUUUUCUUUUCUCUUCUCCUCUUCUCUUUUUCUUCUUCUCUCUUCUUCUCUUCUCUUCUUCUCCUCUUCUCUUUUCUCUUCUCUCUUCUUUUUUCUCUUCUUUCUCUUCUUCUCCUCUUCUCUUUUUUCCUCUUCUCCCUCUUCUCCUCUUCUUCUCUUUUUUCUCUUCUCCUCUUCUUUUUUUCUCUUCCUCUCCUCUUUAUUUCUUCUCCUUCUUCUUCUCUUUUCUCUUCUCUUCCUCUUCUCUUUUUCUCUUUUUUUCUCUUCUCCUCUUUUUUCUCCUUUCUUCUCUUUCUCUUCUUCUCUUCUCUUUUUCUCUUCUCUCUCUCUCUUUCUCUUUUUUCUCUUCACCUCUCCUCUUCUCUUUUCUUCUCCUCUUCUUUUUUCCUUUUCUUUUUCUCCUCUCCUCUUUUUUUCUUCUCCUCUCUUCUCUUUUUCUCUUCCUCCUCUUCUCUUUUCUCUCCUCUCUUCUCUUCUCUUUUCUCUUUUUUUUUCUCUUCUCCUUUUCGUUUCACUUCUCUUUUUCGUUUCUCUUUCUCUUCUCCUUUUCGUUUCUCUUCUCUUUUUCGUUUCUCUUUCUCUUCUCCUUUCUCUUUUCUCUUCUCUCUCCUCUUUUUCUCUUCUCUUCUCCUCUUCUCUUUUCUCUUCCUCUCCUCCUCUUUUUUCUCUUCUCUCUUUUCUCUUUUUCUCUUCUCUCCUCUCUUUUCUCUUCUUUUCUUCUCUUCUCCUCUUUUCCCUCUCUUCUUUUUUUCUCUUCUCUUUUCUCUUUCUUUUCUCUUCUCUUUUUCUCUUUUUUCUCUUCUCCUCUCCUCUUUUUUUCUCUUUCCUCUCCUCUUCUCUUUUCUCUUCUUUUCUCUUCUCUUUUUUCUCUUCUCUUUCUUUUCUUCUCUUUUUCCUUUUCUCUUCUCUUUUUUCUUCUUUUUCUCUCUUCUUUUUCCUUCUUCUCUCCUCUUUUUUCACUUCUCCUUUUUUUCUUCUCUCUUCUCUUCUUUUUUCUCUUCUCCUCCUCUUCUUUUUUUUUUUCUCUUCUCUUCUCCUCUUCUUUUUCUCUUCUUUUUCUUUUCUUUUCUCUCUUCUUUUUUUUUUCUCUUCUCCUCUCCUCUUCUCUUUUUCUCUUCUCCUCUCCUCUUCUUUUUUUUCUCCUCUCCUCUUCUCUUUUUUCUCUUCUCCUCUUCUCUUUUUCUUCUCCUCUUCUCUUUUCUUCUCCUCUCCUCUUCUCUUUUUUUUUUCUCUUCUCCUCUCCUCUUCUCUUUUUUUCUCUUCUCCUCUUCUCCGCUCCUCUCUUCUUCUCCUCUGUAGUACCAUGUGGCGCAUUUCUACGUCUAUUUUUUUUUUUUUUGCCAUACUCUUGCGUCCAGAAUAG